AUGCUGCCUACAUCUAAUAGCUUCACACUGCCUACCUUAUCACCCUUUUGGAAACUUAGUGAUGAUGGCUGGGUUCUAUCUGAACAGGAAGAUCUUCUUUUUUGGCUUCCUCCAGAUUUUCGACCAGGAUUUUAUAUGCCACUGAGUACCAAGGUCAUUAGUCAUCACAAAGUCAACUUCUCCUAUGAGAAUUUUAUGCAUGGAGAUAACUGGACUAAAUGCUAUAGUGCUAUCCAACUAUCAGCAUAA